CGAUACGGGAGGAACGUGAUGCCGUCGACCCUCAACUCCGAAGGCGGAUCACGGCCCUUCCAUCAGUGAACCUGGCCAGGAUCAUGAGCUCUAUCUGAAGCGCGAAUGGUGAGUCCAGUUGACUAUUGGGUGGAAAGUGGAAAGUGGAAGGUGAAAGAUGGAAGGCGUAUGGAAGAGAUGGAAGGCGAGCGGAAGUGGGCCCCAUCGGCCUCUCCACCCGGGGAUUUUCUGCCGCCCGAAUUUCUUCUUGCCUUUGAAGUUCUUGUGGAUUCCAGGCUUCGAGCAAACUCUCCGACCUCUCAUCCCCGUCAGACCUACGCAGGAUAACAAAAAUCCCAUAGGGUGUACUUCAGAAUGGGUCCUCCUCGACGCAAGGUACUCGCUACGGCGCAAGAGACCAUGGUUCCGCCGGAUGAGCUGCCCCAAGGCCACCUGAUCGUACGGGCUAUCAAGGCUACCGGGAACAACAUCUACUCGGUCGAGCUCCCCUCGAAGGAAACCGUUUUGGUGGAGCUUCCUUCCCGCUUUCGUUCGACCAUCUGGAUCAAACGGGGUUCCUACGUGGUCGUCGACACUAACGCCCUCGAGGGCCGCGACAACAAACUCAAGGGAGAGAUCGUCAAUAUCGUGCGCGAUGAGAAGGCGUGGCGCAAAGCUCCGUUUUGGCCAAAGGAAUUUGCUAAGCAAGCCGUUGUUAUCGCGGAUGACUCGGACGAGGAGGAUGAAUCCAAUGUGGGCAAAAUGCCUUCUUCGGACGAAUCAGACGCAUGAUCUGGUGUCCUCUCUGGUCCUCCAACGAUCGGGGACUUUCAGCGCAUGGGCGUCAGGCGGUCGCAGCCCGACAGGGUCGUCCUACAUCU